UUACCAAUAAAAUGUGAAUUGGCUUGCGUGUUGCUGUCUCGAUUUUCUGUUGAGCCAGAAGGAAAACGAAAACGUGCUGAAAACAACGAUGUAUCAUUGAGAAAGAACGAAAUAUUUCGUGACGAAGACGAGAACGCAUAUUUGAAUCGUGUUAAGUUUGUUUUGGAAUUACUCAGUGCCAACCAACAGUUGGAAGCAUCAUCGCAAAUCUUUGUCAUUCUAUUUGACAUCUUCAAAAUGAGUAUGAACUCAAACGAUAGCGAUGAAGUGCAUUCAACACAUUCGUAUAUUCAGCAAUUGGUCGUAUCGCUGCUCGUUCGACUUCUCAAAGAACCGCAUGGAUACAAAAUCACAAAACAAGAUUUGCAAUUGGAUUGUGUGGUGGAGACGAUUCGCAGAACGCGUGAUCAUAACACAUUGAGAAGUUGUUUAAGUCUUCUCACUGCUGCUGUUCACAUAUCAUCGUUCGGUAAUAUCGCAUAUGAUGUCAGUGUUCACGUUUAUGGNCAGACACUGAACGCAUUGUUUGGUGCGAUUAUGGACGAAAAGGGUGAAGCACUGCUGACACGUCUGGUGAGUGUGUCUCGCAUUCUGUCCGCCUCAAUGCUCGAUAUGCCCGCUCAUCGUCGACUCUCAGUGGUCACUUCGAUUGCAACAGCGAUUCAUUCACAGCAUUUGCCAAUUAUUUGUGCAGUGCUCUUCGAACAUUACUGUAUCACAUGGCAGAGAAAUGACUCAAACAAAGGUUAG